UUUCUACUUAAUGUAUAAUAAUAAUUCUUUAAGGACAACGACGUGUCUUAAUAAAAAUCUAAGUUAUAAAAUUCUAUCUAUGAAUUCCCGAGUUCUCUACUCUAGGAAAUAUCACUUAAGGAUUUGUCAAACUCAGGGGCCGAAAGAAGUUUGAAAAUUGAUCUCUCUUGAGGUUAUAAAGGUUUCUCUUUAAAAAUUUUAAAUUUAAGCUGUCCCUUUUGAAUUGAAAACAGUGAAAUGGUAAAAUGGACGACAGGAAAUCUUACUCUGCUUUUGCUGGGAAAGUGAGAAAAGUCACCUGUUGUCAGAAUGAUAAGAGUAGAAACUUGGAACGAUCUAGAAGAGAGGACUUGUUGAAUAAAUUGAAAAAUAUGAGGCUAAAAUACUCCCCUGACGUAUGCAAUGAAAAUGUUUGCAUUACUGAAUGUUCUUCGAGGAAAUUCGUGAAACCGAAGAAAAUGAGUUAUUUGGAUAGGUCAACGAAUUCUUGCAGUGAGAGAACUAUGAUGAAUAUGGGAAAUCCUGGAAGAGUUUCAUACAAAGAGGCACUACUUUACAGUAGAAGAAACGAAGUUAGCAAUUGCUCGAUUGGGUCCACAAGGUUAUCGAAUAAAGUGGACUGUAAUUGUUACGAUCAGCGUCAGGGGAAGCAUUGCUGGAGACCAUACUUUGAAAAGUUUCAGUACGUUACCGAUGUAACGAGUUUAGAUGCAAUGAGUUCGUCCCUAGAUAUUUCACCGAUGAGAAUGAAGAAGGAGAAACUAAACUCUUCUUUCAGUGCAAAUAAAAAGGGACCUUGUGAAAGUCGUGUCAACUGGAACUGCACUAACUUGUCUUGUGAAUCUCUAGUUGUGAACCACUCUCCUAGGACCAAUAUCGAUAAUAUAUACAACAAUAAAAAAAAGAAUCCUCGCAGUUUCAAGAACAGAACCUUUAAAGAUUUUUCUCACUGUCAAUGUUCUUCAGAAUCAAGCUGUUCAGAAGAUUUGGAAAAACAAACAAGAGCCUUGCAAAAAAAUCGGAUAAAAAUUUUAGAUGAGACGAAAAGAGUUCGUGACAAAGCUUCUGAAGAUAAGAUAUUCGAAUGUUGUUGCGGAGACGACGAAAAACUGAAAGCAAACUGUUCCUUUUUCUGCAGAUGUCCAGGUUACAGAGAACAUUCAUAUUCUUCUGAAAAUUCUAUUGAUUUUCUGGCAAAGAGUGGCCAACCAAAAAAUAAAGAUUCGAAAUAUAAGUCAUCUAAUGAAAAUGAUUACUGUUAUACAGACGAAGAAAGAACAGAAUACAAUAUUCGAUCUCUAAAUUGCGAAAAAAGUAAAAGUGGAAACAGUUCCCAAAAUAAUGAAGAUAAUGUUCAAAGUGAUUUUCAAAGAAACAUAAACAGUACAAAUAAUAUUAGACUACAGGAUCUUACUCCAGAUCUCCCACUUCCUGGUCAUUGGACCAAAUGUGGAGAACAUCUCACAACAGUAGCCAAUGAAUACAGACUCUUGUCAGAUAAAUUAAAAUCGAUUCAAACCUUAGCUGAAGAUAAGAGUUCCAAUAAAAAUACUGGAGAAAAAUUCACAAGGAAUUAUUCUUCUGGGAAAGAAUUUACUUUUGAAGUGAAGCCAGCAGAGAAAGCCUCCAUGCAAAAAAGUGAAAGAUCUUCCUGUGAAUGUAAAGAAUGUCCUCUUCUUUCAAAAACUUGGGAGAGAAUACGAAGUUGGGGAAAUGGAAAAGAGUCGAAAAUCUUAAAGAGUUAUAAUAGCUUAAUUAAGUCGAAAUAUUUGGAAAAUGCAUUUUUAAAUAAGAAGAUUGAUCGCCAAUGUUCUCAAGGUUCCAUCAAAUGCCAAGAGACUUUUAAACUUUCACCUACAGAAAAAACUUCAAAUCAGAAAUCAAAGAGUCACUCUAAAAGUUUAGAAAAAAAAGAGUUAAACUUACACAAGAUGAAAUCUUAUCACGAUCGGCAUGAUUUCGAAAAGAAAAUGUCUAAAGAUAAGAAAAUUAAAAAUAAACCUGAAUGUAACAUUAACUUUCCAAGAAUUGUGAAACCAGGAGGAGAAUCUUGUAAAGUUAAUUUAAAAAAGAUUUUGGUUUAUCCUCCUCAUGGUGAACAAGGACCUCCAUUGACUUUGUACAAAAAAUUCUCGAAUAUAGAUUGCAGGAUAAAAGGAGAUGUAACCAAAGGAUUUAGAUAUAAAGUGACAUAUAAACAAAAAUUUAUGAGCCCAAUUUGGCACCCUGAUAAUGGUACAAGUCCUUUCAGGAAAAAGAAAAAUACCACUGGUUAUGGAUGAAUAUUGUCGAAAUUUGAUCGAAACUGAAUGUUUUGACAGGCUUAAAAAAUGUCUAUGAAGGAAACUUUCCUGUUCACAGUUUCGGGUAGAUUAUUAUCAUAGAUAAAAAAUCGAAACACGUUGUUGGCCUCGGGGAUUGACCAAUUUUUAAGAAAAAUGUUGACAAUUUACUUCCUUUUCUAAACGAAGUGUAUUUUUUAAAUAAAGUUUAAUA